AAACAAUUUUUCUAUCAGCAUCUUCAGCCCACCAUUUCCAUUUCUUGCUGCUAAAUAUAACAACUCUUCAAAAAUCUAACAACAAUUAAGAGAUAAUUUUUUAUAUAACAAAAUAAAAAAUUCAGUUUCACUUGUUGCUCAUUUCUUAUGGUAGCUUUCUGGAACUGUUUUUCACACUCUUACUCAAAUGUUGGGUGGUACACUCUCAACCCCAACAACACAAAACCUCAAACCAACAAAAACAACAACAAUGAUUUCUCCUUCUCAUAGAUUAUUGUCUACACAUUUUUGUAUCUUUAAGAAUCUUAUAUCAGGUACUAGAAGAUUAUCCUCAAAAGAAAGUUGUUUUCUCAGUGGUCAACAAAUUAAUAUUAAGCAAAUUUUUGGGCUUAUUUCUGGUCGUGCUCCAAGAAAGAAAACAGGGUUUGUAUUUUCUCCAAGAUGUGUCCUGCCACUGACAGAAGAGAAUGUGGAGAGGGUUUUGGAUGAGGUAAGGCCAGGCUUGAUGGCUGAUGGAGGGAAUGUAGCCUUGCAUGAGAUAGAUGGUCUUGUUGUUAUCCUCAAGCUACAAGGAGCGUGUGGAUCAUGUCCUAGCUCAACAAUGACAUUGAAGAUGGGAAUCGAAACUCGCCUCCGCGAUAAGAUUCCGGAAAUCUUGGAAGUUGAGCAGAUACUAGAUACUGAGACUGGUCUUGAGUUAACUGAAGAAAAUGUUGAAAGUAUUCUUUCAGAAAUUAGACCAUAUCUUGUUGGCACUGGAGGAGGAACAUUAGAGCUUGUUGAGAUUAAUGAUUAUGCUGUCAAAGUUCGGUUAAGUGGACCGGCCGCAGGAGUUAUGACGGUUCGCGUUGCGUUAACACAAAAGCUGAGAGACAAGAUACCUUCUAUUGCUGCUGUGCAACUAAUAGAAUGAUGUAACAGAAUGGUUCUUUAUGCUUUUGAUUCAUAUGUUUAAAGAUGAAAUGUAACUAAUCAAUACAAAGAUAUAAACUUGAGAAAAAGAAAUUCAAUGUCAGUUACAUAGUUAUAUAUUUGAUUUGAUUUGUUCCUCAUCUUUUUACAUUAGGAGAUUUUAUUGUAGAAUGUGAAAUGAAGUAUUUACCAUUCUUCA